CCAGCAUUCAGGAGCGAAUACACUUUUACCAGCAACCCUUGCUGCGUGUUUAGACGACUUUCAGACAAAGAGGAAUACUUAAAAUUGUCCGUUUUCCUGGAUCUGUCACAUUGGACUUGCCACAACUUCUCUCAUUAAACUUUCACGAAAUUGAUUUGGACAGACGUUCUUUUCAGCUGCGCCUCAUGAGCAUUGGACCUGGCAGCAAUAAACACACCGGGCUCAGGUGUAAAUCUAAAGACUGUCCUGCUACGGCACCCGGAUAUUAUACAUGUUAAACUUGGAGACGAGAGGCGAAUCAUUUCGUGGAAUUCUGUUGGUUUCUUCGAUGACUUGUAAGGUUGGACUUGGACUCAAAGUUAUUUGUGGAGAGUAAAGUGACAAUCAGUGUUCUGUGAUUGUUCUGUGCCUGGAGGUUGGUUCACCAUGCUGUUGGACGGUCUGUGGACGGUCCACAUACUCCUGGCCCUGGUUGUCGGGGCUCUGUGCAAUCACAACAUCAACGACCCUCAUGCUUCACCCCGUGUCUUCAUCUCCUUCAAAGAGCUGAGGUCCACUGGCACUGCCCAGCACUUUGCCUACUUGCUGAACACGUCUGACUACCGUAUCCUGCGUAUGGACGAGGACCACGACCGCAUGUACGUGGGCAGCAAGGACCACAUCCUGUCCCUGGACCUGCAUGACAUCAACAAGGAGCCGCUCAUUCUCCACUGGCCUGUCUCCCAGCAGAGGAAGACUGAGUGUCUUCUAAGUGGGAAGGACACCAAUGGCGAGUGUGGGAACUUCAUCCGUCUGAUUGAGCCGUGGAACAGGACCCACCUGUAUGUCUGUGGUACUGGGGCCUACAACCCCAUCUGUACCUACGUCAACCGCGGACACAAAGCACAGGCCGCCAUGCACCUGCAGAUGCCCCAGACCGAAGGGAGGGCUAACCGCGUGGCCGAACCACUGGGACUAAAGGAAUACAUAUGGCAUUUGGAGCCGGGCAAAGUGGAGUCUGGGAAGGGAAAGUGCUCCUACGACCCAAAGCUUAACAGCGUCUCAGCUUUGAUCAAUGGUGAACUCUAUGCUGGGGUCUACAUUGACUUCAUGGGAACAGACUCUGCCAUCUUCCGUACUGGGAAACAGACCGCCAUGCGUACAGACCAGUAUAACUCCAGAUGGUUAAAUGACCCUUCCUUCAUACACGUGCAGCUCAUCCCUGACAGUGCAGAGAGGAAUGACGACAAGCUUUACUUCUUCUUCCGUGAGAAGUCUGCUGAGAUGGGCCAGAGUCCCGUGACCCAGGCCCGCAUCGGUCGGAUCUGCCUGAAUGAUGACGGUGGACACUGCUGUCUGGUCAACAAGUGGAGCACUUUCCUGAAGGCUCGGCUCAUCUGCUCAGUGCCGGGGGCCGACGGGAUCGAAACGCACUUCGACGAGCUCCGAGACGUUUACAUACAGCCGACCCAGGAUACCAAGAAUCCUGUUAUCUACGGAGUCUUCUCUGUCUCGGGCUCAGUGUUCAAGGGCUCUGCAGUGUGUGUCUACUCCAUGGCUGACAUCCGCCAGGUCUUCAAUGGACCCUUCGCCCACAAGGAGGGGCCCAACUACCAGUGGGUGGCCUACACUGGGAAGAUCCCCUACCCUCGGCCUGGGACGUGCCCCGGUGGUACGUUCACCCCCAACAUGAAGUCCACCAAAGACUACCCAGACGAGGUGAUCAACUUCAUGCGGAACCACCCCAACAUGUACAACGCUGUGUACCCAAUACACAAGCGCCCCCUGGUGGUCCGGACCAACGUGGAGUACGAGUUCACCACCAUCACUGUGGACCAGGUGGCCGCCGCAGACGGGAACUAUGAAGUGCUGUUCCUGGGAACUGACAGGGGAACGGUUCAGAAGGUGAUUGUUCUGCCCAGAGACGACCUGCAGACUGAAGAACUGGUCCUGGAGGAGGUAGAGGUGUUCAAGGUUCCUACUCCCAUUAUAACAAUGAAGAUCUCGUCCAAAAGGCAACAGCUCUACGUGUCUUCUGAGCUUGGUGUUACCCACCUGGCCCUCCACCGCUGUGACGUGUACGGGGAGGCAUGUGCUGAUUGCUGCCUGGCCCGGGACCCCUACUGCGCCUGGGACGGAAAGUCCUGCUCCCGCUACUCUGCCUCGCAGAAGAGGUCUGACCCCUUUAGACGCAGCCGGAGGCAGGACGUCAAGUACGGGAACCCCAUCCGGCAGUGCAGGGGCUUCAACUCCAAUGCUAAUAAGAACACCCUGGAGAUGGUGCAGUAUGGGGUGGAGGGCAGCAGCACCUUCCUGGAGUGCCAGGCCCGUUCUCCCCACGCAGCCAUCAAGUGGCACCUGCAGAGGGACAACAGUGACCGCCGGAAAGAGAUGCGCUCUGACGGGCGGGUACUGAAGACAGAGCAGGGUCUGCUGCUGCGUUCUCUCCAGCCCUCAGACUCCGGGGUGUACCAGUGCACGGCCACAGAGAAGAACUUCAAACACACGCUGGUCAAGCUGCAGCUGGUGGUCCUGUCCGGCCGAGCCGUCAACAACCUCCUGGUGGAGGGUGGGGGGCUGGGGCCGUCUCCGCCCAGUGCGGGUCAGUACAAGGACCUGCUGACCAUCCUGAGCCAGCCGGAGAUGGGCCUAAUCAACCAGUACUGUGAGGACUACUGGAAACUGGGUGACUCCAUGAUGGGAGCCAUAAAGGGCAAAGACACGAAAGAGCUAAAGGAGCAGAAGAAACCACGCAACCGCCGACAUCACGGCGAGGGAGAGGAGGAGGAGGAGGUGGAGACAUGAGGGGUCCCUUAACUCUCCCAAACCUCAACCGCACCCUAUGGAAACUGGGAAAGACUCAAUUUAAGAGAGUGACGAGGUGAAAGAUAAUCAAAAACCACAAAUAAAAUAAACAGAAGUGGUAAAAAACAAGAGGCAUACAAACACACCCCACAUCCCUUUGAACAAUACAGUAUAUGAUACACAGUAUUUAUUGUAGGUUGUAUAUAGUAUCAUUCUGUGGAUUUCUUUGUACUUAUAGAAAAAUGCUCUUUGUGUAUAGGUACCUUUUGGGCAAAUGUUAUUGUUAUUAUUGUUAUUAAUUGUAUUAUUGUUGUUACUGUCAUUACAAAAUUCUUAAUCUUUCCAUCUUUCAACAUUGACAGCUCUGUUUGGAAUGUGUAAACUGGCAUGUAAAGGCUGUUCAUUGUGAACUGAAAGGUGUCAUUGUAAACAGAGAAAUUAACUGAGGGUUGGGGUAGAUGGAGAUACAGUAUAUCUUGCUUGUUGUUUGCUUUGACAGAAAUUCAAUAGUCAUAUUAUGAAUAAAAUCACAUUGCAGGAUUUUUAAUGAAUUUAUUUGCAAUUUAUGGUGGAAAAUAAGUA